AUGCUUUUAUUCACAAAGAACGCUUCUACGGUGCUUGUCGGUGAUGUUAAAGAUAAAAUUGCCAUAUUGGUCGAUACAUGCGGUACAAUUGUACGUGCUGCCGAUCGUUUGGUAGAAGCAAGUGAUACAAAGGUUUAUGCUAUUUUGACACAAGGUAUCUUUUCGGGACCAGCAAUUUCCCAUAUAAAUAAUGCCUGCUUUGAGGCUGUGGUUGUUACAAAUACAAUUCCUCAGGAUGGUCACAUGAGAGAAUGUCUUAAAAUACAGUGCAUUGAUGUCUCAAUGAUGUUUGCCGCGGCCGUUAGAAGAACACACAACAGCGAAAGUGCUUCUUAUCUCUUCUCAAAUGUUCCAUAUUAA